AUCUUUCCGCCUGUCGGUCAAAUGCACGUCUCAAGAAUGUUUCAAAUGUCCUCUACUCAACGGAUCAUCACCAUGAGCUGGAUGUAUGUCUUUCUACCCAUCGUCUGGGGUGCUGUUGUGUCCUCUUACACAGCGGAGUUGACCGUGAAUCCAGGAGAAAACGUUACUCUAAGCUGUGACUAUAAACCAUCAACUGGUGAAAAUAUUGUGUGGUACAGGAACUGUUCUCAUGAGAAUCAGCCCACUCGUAUUCUGAGGUGGGAUGAAUUAAGAGAGAAUAAAGACUCCAAUUCAUCCAAGGAUCUGAAUGUGAUGUGGAACAAUUCUUCAAAAUCAUACAAUUUACUGAUUAGGAACAUCAGUGAUUCUCACCUUGGUCUCUACUACUGUGGAACUGAAAAAACGGUUGUGAUAGAUGCAGACAAGAUAGUUCAAAAAAAAACCCGCAGAUAUGGAAAUGUGACCACAAGGAUUUCAUUUGUUAAGCCUCUUGAUGCAUGUGAAGACUGUGGAGAGUGCUGGAGGCUGCUGGUCAUCCUAUGUUCCUCCUGUGCUCUUCUCCUCUCCCUCCUCUCAUUCUCGGUCGUCUACCUCUGUUGCAGAAGGAAAGAUGAAGACCUCCACGUUGCUCAGGGAACACCCAGCAGUAUUGAUGUAACACCUAUCAGGAACCAGGAUGAGGAUGGCCUGUGUUACGCUACACUGGAUAUCCCUUUACGUUCUCAGAGACCUAAAAAGAAGAGAGUCCAACCCUCAGAGUUCAGCACCUACUCAGCCAUCAAUACUAAGAGGAUGUGACCAUGACCAAGCCUUUUAAUAUAAAUACAAGGGCUCUAAUUCUUCAAUAUGACUUCAACUUUGUGCUUUCUAGAGGAGGUAGACUAUAUCAUUUUCAGAUUCACUCUCAAUAAAAUGCAUGUGAU